ACUUUCAAGCAGCAAUUCCGCGAAAUCAUGAGAUUCCCGAAGCUAUAAAAAUAUCUGAGGAGCCAAGUUUUAUCCAGCGUUUCACUGAGCGACUACCUGCAAUCAAACUCAGUACAACCCAGAUCAGCAUCAUGAGCGCCUGUUAGAUGGGAGUGAAGCGGACUCAUUGGCGGGGUUUCACCGUGACUAUUUAAAAAGCCAGUUCACGUGCGGGCAAUGGGGGAGCAGGUUUGCACUUCGCUACAUUGCGUUGGAAGAGCAAGAAGGACUCCUUGAAAGCAAAACUCAGUCAGCUUCAAUGUCACUUCACGUGGGCUCCACAGAAAGAAAACAUUGACUUGGAUGAUAUGAAGCAAAGAUUAGAAGAUUUAAUACAGACCACUGUGAAGUAUCAAGCCAGGUCCUAUAAUCAACUUGCUUUUGUAAACUGUCUGCAAGGAAACUAUGAAGAGGCCGUUCAAAACUUACAGGAAGCUGAAAGAGUUCUGAGGGAAAAUCAUGAAGAUGAAUUUGAAAAAAGAAGCAUCAUCACCUAUGGAAACUAUGCCUGGGUAUAUUAUCACAUGGGACAACUGACAGAGGCUCAGUCCUACCUCGACAAGCUGGAGAAGAUUUGUAAAAUAUUUCAUAAUGCCUCUCAUUAUACAGCAAUGAUCCCUGAAGUAUAUGGAGAGAAGGGCUGGGCACUGUUGAUAUCAACCAGGAAGUAUUAUGACGAGGCAAAGGAAUGUUUUGAAAAGGCUCUGGAGGAAGACCCUGAUGACACUGAAUGGAAUGCUGGCUAUGCAAUUGUCCUGUUUCGUCUGGAGGUGUUUUCUGGUGCUCCAAAGAAUGCUGAUUCCAGUCAAUCAAUGAAGCAGUUGAGACGUGUGCUGGAGCUUGAUCCCAAUGACUCUGUUGCCAUGGUGCUGUUGGCUCUAAAACUCCAAGAGUUCAAGCAAAAGGAGGAAGCCUUCACAUUAGUUGAACAAGCAUUGCAGAAGUCCCCCGAUCUCCCAUAUGUGAUUCGUUAUGCAGCAAAAUUUUUGAGAAGGGAAGGAUCUGUGGAAAGAUCUUUGGAGCUGUUGAAGAAAGCAUUGGAAAUUACCCCCAACUCUGCCUUCUUGUACCACCAAGUCGGUUUGUGUUACAAAAUCAAGCUGAUGUCACUGAUCAAAAAUCCACGCAGCAGAAACUCUCACAAUCCUGCUUUUCAACAGAAAGCUGAAUUGAUUAAUCAAUGCAAGUACCAUUUUGAAAAGGCAUUUGAGCUUCGCCCAUUAACAUUUGUUAUUGCACGGCUAGAUUUUGCAACCAUCUGCUCACUAAAUGAAGAAUAUCAUGAAGCAGAGGAAAUUUACAGCAAACUACUGGAAAUAGAGGGUAUUCAUCCUGAUAAUAAACAGGCAAUACAUUCACAGUUUGGGUUAUUUGAACUGCAUCACAAAAGAUCGGAAUCAAAUGCCAUCACACAUUUCUGGGAAGGACUUAAGAUCAAAAAUGGGUCAAGGGCAUGGCAUAUAUGUUGCAUAAACUUGAGAAAGAUUGCAACGAAACAAAUUGACAGGAAUCCAGAAAACAGCAAGGCCUUUGGUCUUCUUGGAUUCAUGCACCAGUUGGAUGGGGAGAAGUGUGAAGCUAUUGAAUGUUUUGAAAAAGCCUUACAGAUUGAUUGUGACAAUGAAGAAUAUCUAAGCGCUCUUUGUGAAUUACGUCUUUCUAUCUAGCUCAACAAUGAUGUUCCCAGCUGAAGCAAAAGUCCCAGUUAGGAACUUUGCAUAAUGAUGCUUGAAAUUCUGCUGAUUAGAUUACAGUUCAAGUUAUUGCUAAGCUGUGUUGCAUAAUUGUAAACACAAAGUAUUCCAGUAACCAAUAUAUUGAGUCAGUGUAAUAAAUAGAAUUGUGUUUUGUUCUUUUGCAUAACAAAUAAUCAGUGAUACAUUGAAGAGUGAUAACAUUUUAUUACUCCAGCAAAAAUGGGUUUAUCAUGAAAAAUAAACAUAUCCAUAGA